UAUAUGCGAUAUGCGAUUGUAUGAAACAAUAGUCAGGGUCGUCAAGGUGAAGAGGUGACGAGUGUGACGCUCGGGUUUCAUCUCGUUGAAUAGUAGUUGGUGGGAAUCGUGGGAAUAGUUGACAGGUGUUGACGUUAAAAUUUAGUGCUUUGGUGAAAGGCGUGUGCCUGUGCGAGUUUGUUCGCGUUUAAUGGGUGUGGCAUAAUGGAAAAGGAAAAUUAUGCUGACAUUGUACAGCUGUUUAAUAUCAGGCUUUGUUAUUGUCUUACGGGAAUUUCUCGGACAUGUGCCCUAAUACGCAAACACAAGGAAAAUUUGCACACGUCUGGUGAUUUUAGUUUUCCAACACAAUUGGAAUAUUGGCUCAAUAGUGUACCUUUUGUGCCAAAUUUUGCGGCCACAAAUCUGAAGACAAUAUUGGAGUACUCUUAUUUAAAUAGAGUACAUGGUGCUGAGAGUGAUACAGUUUGUGAUGGGGAGGAAUGGGUGAUACAGAAUAUUAUAGAGACUAGUAAAUCCUGGCCUCUUGUUGUAAGCAAGUGUGCAAUUGAAUGCAACAGAGUCCAGCUGUAUCUGAACAGAAAACUCACCUUUAAGUAUGUUCUGCACAGUGUUCUGUCCCAGAAAUGUAUGUAUGGGCAGUUGUCAUCAAAGCAGCAGAGAUUUGUUAUAACCUCUGAUGGGUUGCAAGAAGAUAGAAGCAAAAUGGACCUGAGUGAACUGAGAAUUGAACUUCUCAGAAGUACUGUCACUAAUUUGCUGAAGGCUGUAGGUUAUAAAAUGGCUGACAUGGAAAAAAGCUGUGAAGAGGAAUCAAUAAUAUACCUACACCUUUCCGCCAAAUCAUCAAGUGACACCGUGUCUGGAUAUGAGCGAGUCAUAUGUGGUGUAGUUACGAACUCCAGACACCAUUGUAAAGAGAGUACUAUAACAGCCCAAGAAUACCUGAGAAGUAAUCCCAGCCUCACUGCAUUUUCCUGUUUCUGACAGUUUGGUGGGUUAAGUCAGAAGGAUGGGCUGGACAUGUAUUAGAGGUAGGGGAAAAGA